UCUCUUCCCCCCGGCCACCGCACCGUGAGUGUCCAACUCACUGCUGUCUCUUUUAAAAAAAAAAAAAAAAGAAAAAAAGAAAAAAUAUAUUUAAAAAAAAAACAAAAAAACAAACAAACAAAAAAAUAAUAAUAAUCAGGACCUUUAAAUAAAAAGAGAAGAUAAUUUAUUUUUAAAAAAUUCCCCAAAUUUUGACAAGGCCUCGGUUUUGUUUAUUAUUAUUAUUAUUAUUAUUAUUAUAUUGUAAUUAUUUCCCGGCGCUGUGGUGUAAGAGCAGAGUCCAGAUUUGCGCGCCGGCCGCAGCUCAGAACCCCAGCGGAACCCCAGCGGAACCGGAGAAUUCAAGGCGCGUCAAAGUUUUAUUCCGGGUCAGAGCAGAAGGCGCACUUUGGAUCAGCAGAACCGGGAUCAUGAACACGGCGGGGAGCAGCUACCCGAUGGCCUCUCUGUAUGUCGGCGACCUGCACCCGGACAUCACGGAGGCCAUGCUGUAUGAGAAGUUCAGCCCGGCCGGCCCGGUGCUCUCCAUCCGCGUCUGCCGGGACAUGAUCACGCGCAGGUCUCUGGGCUACGCGUACGUCAACUUCCAGCAGCCCGCGGACGCCGAGAGAGCUCUGGACACAAUGAACUUCGACGUGGUGAAGGGUAAGCCCAUCAGGAUCAUGUGGUCACAGCGAGACCCGUCACUCCGCAAGUCAGGCGUAGGAAAUGUCUUCAUCAAAAAUCUGGACAAGUCCAUUGACAACAAGGCCCUGUACGACACCUUCUCCGCCUUCGGGAACAUCCUGUCUUGCAAGGUGGUGUGUGAUGAGAACGGAUCCAAAGGCUACGCAUUCGUGCACUUUGAGACGCAGGACGCUGCCGACCGCGCCAUCGAGAAGAUGAACGGCAUGCUACUGAACGACCGCAAGGUGUUCGUGGGGAGGUUUAAAUCCAGGAAGGAGAGAGAGGCCGAGCUCGGCGCCAAAGCCAAAGAGUUCACCAACGUCUACAUCAAGAACUUCGGCGAGGACAUGGACGACGACAGGCUGAAAGACAUCUUUGAUAAAUACGGUAAAACCCUGAGUGUGAAAGUGAUGACUGAUCCCAUGGGGAAAUCGCGAGGAUUCGGUUUCGUCAGCUACGAGAAACACGAAGAUGCUAACAAGGCUGUGGAGGAGAUGAACGGCACGGAGCUGAACGGGAAGACCGUGUUUGUGGGACGCGCUCAGAAGAAGAUGGAGAGACAAGCUGAGCUGAAGAGGAAGUUCGAGCAGCUCAAGCAGGAGAGGAUCAGCAGAUACCAGGGUGUGAACUUGUACAUCAAAAAUCUGGACGACACCAUCGACGACGAGAAACUGCGGAAGGAAUUCUCUCCUUUCGGCUCCAUCACCAGCGCCAAGGUGAUGCUGGAGGAAGGACGCUCUAAAGGUUUCGGCUUCGUGUGCUUCUCCUCUCCUGAGGAGGCCACCAAGGCUGUGACGGAGAUGAACGGACGCAUCGUGGGCUCCAAGCCCCUGUACGUGGCGCUGGCGCAGCGCAAAGAGGAGCGCAAAGCUCACCUCACCAACCAGUACAUGCAGCGCAUCGCCGGUAUGAGAGCCAUGCCCGCUAAUGCCAUCAUCAACCAGUUCCAGCCCACCAGUGGGUACUUCAUGCCUGCCGUGCCACAGGCCCAGAACAGAACCACGUACUACGCCCCCAGCCAGCUCACCCAGAUGAGGCCGAACCCACGCUGGCAACAGCAGGGGGUUCGAGGUCAGGGGGGCUUCCAGGCUGUGCCCAAUUCACUGCGCCAACCCGGCCCUCGUGCCAACAUUCGCCACAUCGCACCCAGCGGCAAUGCCCAGGGACCCCGCGCCAUGCCAACAGGUGCCCAGAGAGGGGCUGGUGGCGGUCAGCCCAUGGGGGCUCGCCCUGGACUCGGGGUGACCACACCACGUGCCAUGCCACCCUACAAAUAUGCCACUGCGGUGCGUAACACCCAGCCUCAAGUAGUCCAACCCAUCACCUUACAACAGGCCCAGCCGGCGGUGCACGUACAGGGUCAGGAGCCUCUGACGGCCUCCAUGCUGGCUGCAGCUCCUCCACAGGAACAGAAGCAGAUGUUGGGUGAGCGCUUGUUCCCGUUGAUUCAGGCCAUGCACCCGACUCUGGCGGGGAAGAUCACAGGGAUGCUGCUGGAAAUCGAUAACUCUGAGCUGCUGCAUAUGCUCGAGUCCCACGAAUCUCUGCGCUCCAAGGUAGAGGAGGCCGUUGCUGUGCUCCAGGCUCACCAGGCGAAGAAAGACGCGACACAGAAAGCUGGAGUAGCUGCUGCCACAGCUACAUCUUGACGUGGAAACCUUACGGUCCAAAGGGCUGCUCGAGAAGUGAAUGCUACACUGGCUGGUGCCUCCUUUCACAACCAUACCAAUAUUAAAAAAAGAGUAAAAGUGAAAGUCAAAAACAUACUUGAACAUUUUAUUGCAGGGCUUAUAUUUUAUAACUCUGUAAUCAUUUUUAAAUCAACACCCAUACCCUAUUUAAAGCGUAUUUAAACACGGGGAAGUGUGGCCAGGACGGACAGACCCCCUUUUUUUUUCUAUGAGGCCAUCGAGCUUGGAGUUUUUCUCUUCAGUUGAGAGGUGUGUGUGUUUUCGCUGGUUCCUCAGACUCUGAGUGGUGUGGCCUUCUAAAUAAAGGGAUGACUAUUUCAAA